AUGCAUGAUCCAGCGCAUCUUGUUAACAUCAAUAUGCUCUUCGAGCGGCUGCGCAACACGCAGUUUACCCAAAACUCUGUUAUGGAGUCGUUUGAUGUUACGCCCUUAUAUACUAACUCAUCAAACGAUGCUGCUAUGCAAGCUGUUUGCGAACUCCUUGCUGAGUAUCAACCUUCACUUAACCUGUAUGUUACUAUCAGCAAACUAAUGACUAACGUGUGCGCUGUAAGUUUUUCGAUGGUCGGAUAUUACAAACAGGUUAGAAGUUUGGCUAUGGGAUAGCG